AUGAGCGCCAUCACGCACUCCCAGGCCAUGCGCACCGCAAGCGAAGCAGCUGCGACAGCUUCAUUACCAGCUGAAAGCGAAGAUACCACUAAUGCCAGAAUGCAAAACGGCUCCACCUCGGCAAUCGCCAUCGAAGUCAUGCAUGGCAGGCUGGGAUGUGCUGUGUUUCUCGAGGAGGAACAGCAGUUAUUACUCUGCGAGGAUCUCCCUUGUGAUUUCGCCUUUGACGAUCGCGAUGCUGUGUCCACAGCCCAUAUCGCUGGCCUAAAUAACGAGGUUGCUGGCGCAGAAGGAGUCCCUAUCGCCACUGAUAGUAACGACGUUGCCGUCGGCCAGCCUCCCUAUGGAUACGUUGGCAGCUCGGAACAGCACAAUAGUGUCAUGGAAGUGCGUCCUGCAAAGUACUUUCAAGUGAGCAUAGGUCUGUCGAGCCUCGACGACAUCACCACUUUCAGUCGAACGCACGCUCCGAGCCAGGACGAGUCCUUGUCGGCUCUCGUCGUGCUCGACGCGCGAGUGGCCACCUCGAGAUCGGCCCUCUCCGUAGGACCACUCGUAUCUAGCCUACGCGCUCGAUGCGAAGUGGGUCGUACCAUUGCUCUGGUCCCAUUGUGUCUGGACAGCCACCUGUUCCUCGACGACAAUACGCUCAAGAGCCUUAGUAUCUGCUCCAGCGAUGCGCACGGCUUCGUCCACGCCAAACAGGGUCGAGAAGGAUUCUCCAUUCUAGGUGCGUUGCUAGCCUUCAGGAGCCUCUCCGUGCUCGGUCAUCGCAAAAGUCUGCAGACUGACACCCACAUCUGUCAACAUUCCUCGACCGAAUUCUCCUUCAGCCAUGAUGAGUCUCACAUGCUCAAAGUCAAAGAACAGGGGAAAGUGACUGUCCGAUCUGGCGUCGACACGCAUCUCGAUGAGCUGCGCGAGCAGCAAGUGCGUCUGCCGGGGCAAUUGGAUCGCGUUGCUGCGGAUCUUCGCACCGAGGCCGCCUUCAGGCCAACCAGGACGCUUCACGUCGUAUACUUUCCUCAAAUCGGCUAUCUCAUCUGUGUUCCAGGCGGAGAGAUGAUUGACAUGCAAGCCGAUCCGACAUUGGAGCAGCAAUUUGCGAGCGAGGACUGCGUCUACCUCAAAAACAGCCGCAUGUCGCACCUUGACAAUAGUGUGGGUCCCACAUCUCGACGAACCUAA